AUGCCUCGCGCGCCGCUGUCGACGCGCGCGAACGAAUCGUUAUGGGUCUUCGGAUACGGUUCGAUAGUGUGGCGCACGGGCUUCGAGUACGCGCGCUCGAUCGCGCCCGUGUGCGCGCGAGGGUUUCGGCGACGGUUUUAUCAAGGAAGCACCGACCAUCGAGGAACGCCCGCGGCGCCCGGGCGCACGGCGACGUUAGAGCGUUGCUCGGAGGACGUCGCGUGCUGGGGCGUCGCGUACGAAGUUCGCGCAGAGGACCGAGAGGCGGUGCUGGAGAACCUGGAAAUACGAGAAAAACAGUACGACGAGAGGAUUGAGAUGGAUUUAUACGACGUCGAUGACGCGAACGCGGUGCCGGUGAUAAGAAACGCGGUAACGUAUAUCGCGACGCCGGCGACGACUAACUUGAACUGGCUCGGAGACGCGAGCGAUGUAGCCGAGCAAAUCGCUGCAGCGCGCGGUCCGUCUGGAGAAAAUUCCGAAUAUUUAUACAACCUGUGCGAGGCUUUGCGGGGGUUAGGUAUCGAAGACGAAGAGUUGUACGCGCUUGAGGCGAGCGUGCGCGCGAUUCGCGGGGACUAG